AUGGCUGGCCAAGGCACCGGACCGUCACGACGGAGUCACACGAAAAGCCGCAAGGGUUGCAAGACUUGCAAACGGCGGCAUAUUCGCUGUGAUGAAACAUUCCCCCAAUGCCGAAAUUGCACCAAGCAUCAGGUACGGUGCGACUACAUGGAAAGCGUGGGAUCGGAUGCAGAAAGCCAGUCGAGUCCGGAGCAAGCCUCACUUGUAUUCACGCCCAGUACCGAGAACCGAAUAGAUCUUUGGCAGCAGACGGGUAGCUUUCCCUAUCCAGGACUUCAGGUCUUUCCACCACCGCAGACACACGAGUACUCGAAGAAUGAGCUUCGAUUGAUGGACCAUCUCUCCUCCAUCUCGAGUGAUCUCAUGCUCAAAGGUACCACAAACCUCACAAUUUGGACGCAGAAAGUGCCCAAGUUUCUCAGUAUCGCAUCCUCUUAUCCAUAUGUGAUGCACGCGUUGCUCUCUUUCUCGGCGAAUCAUCUGGCCUGGAGCCGCUCUUCCAACGAAACGAGGAACCUACACAUUCAACAUGGCACGAUUGCGCUUCGUGGUCUCCAUGAAGCUAUUGGUAGCUUCUCACAUGCUAACGCAGACGCGGUCUUGGCUGCCUCCCUUCUCCUGCUCUGGCAAGCAACUGAUUGGCGCAGUUGGUCCUCACUCCGCGCCGGUAUCCAGUCCGUCCUUACGGCCAUGCAAUCCUGGAAACACGAAUCGAUAUUUGCCGAAUACAUCAACGAGGAGGAUCUAAUCAUUGGCCCAUACGGCGCAACUCGACAGGCGACCCUUCCAGAAGCUGGAGAACGGCAUUCGAUCCUCUCGACCGCGAUCCAGUCCCUGCAACAACUCCAAAGAUUCUUGGGCGGCCACGAAUCCGAGGCGUAUUGGAUAGGCCAAGUUCUUCAGUACAUACAGCGCCUGCAAGCCUCGGCCCCGGCGCAAACACCAGAUGAACAAUUCAGCCACUUGUACCUUCUCAGGAAAUGGCUCUUUUGGGUGCCAGUAUUAUUGCUGCAGCGGCAGGGAGGGCAGGGACCCGCAAUGCUUACGCUGGCUCACCUUUACGCAACCGCUCUGGCUCUUGAGCCGGUGUAUCCGGAUUUUGGAUCGGCUUUCUGCGCGAGAAUCGCGUUGGCCCCACUGGAAACGAUCAUCAACGUCACGGACGCUAUGCAGUCUCAACGUGCGAUGGAUCAAAACUCGAUUGAAAUCGCAUCUCUCAUGCAGUUCCCACGGCAGAUGGCGAUGAACUUUAGAAGAAGGAUGGCAGACACUCAGCAGGGGGGAUUUAGGCAGGAAACGAGCAUGUACAGUGUCAACCCCGAGACGUUGAACUACACGAGCAUUGGAAACCUCAGCCCGGCAUUUGCACCUUCUCCGCUGCACAGCACCGCAGCGCAGGCACACGCAGCACAGUCCCCCUAUCUUGAAGUCCCCAUCUCCCAAUCGGGCUUCACAUACGGUACGCAAAGCUGGGGAGCAAUGCCUUCACCUGGCUUUCCCCCACAAUCGUUCUCGGGGCAAGACGAUCAGCUCUACGGCUACUCCUUGAGCGGCUUUCGAGGCGGCGGGUUCGUAACACCACAACCUAUUUGGACGUGA